UCCCCCUUCUCUUCGUUCCAGCCAGCGCAGGCAGCCGCCUCGGCAGCAGGCGAGCUGCGGCCCCGCGAGGCCAUGAAGGUGAAGAAGGGCGGCGGCGGGGCUGGUACGGGGGCGGAGCCCGCACCAGGGGCCUCCGGCCCGAGCGUGGAGCCCAAGCCCGAGCCGCAGCUGCAGGAAUCCGAGUCCGGGUCCGAGUCGGAGCCCGAAGCUGGCCUGGGGCCCAGGCCGGCGCCGUUGCAGAGGAAGCAGCCGAUCGGGCCAGAGGACGUGCUGGGGCUGCAGCGGAUCACCGGCGACUACCUGUGCUCCCCCGAGGAGAAUAUCUACAAGAUCGACUUCAUCAGGUUCAAGAUUCGAGACAUGGACUCAGGCACUGUCCUCUUUGAAAUCAAGAAGCCCCCAGCCUCAGAGCGGUUGCCCAUCAACCGGCGGGACCUGGACCCCAAUGCUGGGCGCUUUGUUCGCUACCAGUUCACGCCUGCCUUCCUCCGCCUGAGGCAGGUGGGAGCCACGGUGGAGUUCACAGUGGGAGACAAGCCUGUCAACAACUUCCGCAUGAUUGAGAGGCACUACUUCCGCAACCAGCUCCUCAAAAGUUUUGACUUCCACUUUGGAUUCUGCAUCCCCAGCAGCAAGAACACCUGCGAGCACAUCUACGACUUCCCCCCUCUCUCUGAGGAGCUGAUCAGUGAGAUGAUCCGUCACCCAUACGAGACACAGUCUGACAGCUUCUACUUCGUGGAUGACCGGCUGGUGAUGCACAACAAAGCAGACUAUUCCUACAGUGGAACACCCUGACCCGCAAAACCAGCCCCCUGCCCCAGGAGGGUCCUGGGCCCUUAGCUGUGUCCUCCCCAACACUCACCUCUCAACCCGAGGUCUUCUGCCUGGGGAGUGGUCCGAGAGCCCUGGACCCCCAAGUUGGCGAUGGGAGGGAGGGUACCUGAUGUCCCCAGUCCAGGUCUCUGAAGCCCGUGGGGUGGGAGUGGGGUAGGAGGGCUGUCUGCCUCCAUGUCCAGGAGGGCCUCCUAGGAGAGGAGUAGCCAGGACUUCCGGACAGCCUAGCUGGUCCUCUGGGACCCAGGUUUAAGAGUAGUGUUCCGCUAUCCAGGCUUUGGCAAGGUCAGGGCCGGGACCUGUUCCCUGUUCCUUGCCUGCCACCAACAGGCUAUUUAGGAUAUCCAUUGGAGUGGGGGGCUGGUCUGGCUGCCAAGAUUUCUAAGGGAGCCAGGACCUGGCCCAGCCCCGGCUCCAGCCCUAGCCCUUACCAUCGGGGCCCGAGCUACUGCCUAAGGUGUGGGGGGGAUCCCUCCAGACUGUGGCCUGUGAUAGGGCCUGGACCAACUGUAUAUAGUUUUCAAUAAACUCUCUCCUUUUCUGUUCUUCGA